ACUUUCUUGUCCAACAUAACAUACCCAAUUCUACCUGUUGGACCACUUGAAAGUUGUAUUCUCCACCAUCACCACCCUAAACCGCACACAAACAAAAACCCUCCCCAACAUUCCAACAAAAUCCACCAUGUCUGCUACUACAACUUCUUCCUCCUCAAACUUCUUCUCUUUACUCCCACAAACUCACAACCCCAAAACCAAGUUCCCAUCUUCCAUAAAAACCCACCUCUCAUAUCCUCUUACAUUCCCUUCAUUUUCUCUCAAAAUCCAAACAAUCCCCAGAAAUCGAAAUGGGUUGUUUAUAACAUCAAUGGGAACUUAUAAUGUGCAGGUAAUAGUGGAAGAAAAUGAACCAGAAGAGAGGCUGCUCAAUAGGUUUAGGAGAGAAGUUUUAAGAGCUAAUAUUAUUCAAGAAUCUAAGAGAAGGAGAUGGUUUGAAAAUCCUCAUGAUAAGAAGAAACGCAAGUCUCGUGAAGCUGCUAAGAAGAAUCGUAAAAGGCCUUUUCAGCCAAGAGUUACAAAGCAGAACAAUACAGAGAUUCCGAAGAAGGAAGUUGAUGACUUUGAUAACGAUAACUGGGACCUUCCUGAAGGUGACCUUCCCUAUUGACCAAGCUGAUGCUAGCAAGUGACAUGCUGACAAUUGACAGAACUAAAUCUUUUAGUGCAUCGUGAUUAGUGGUUUUUGAAUUACAACAGUGUAAAAAGCAGUAAAUUACAAAUACUAGAACUGGAUGUGUUGUAAAAAUAGUUUGAAAGCUUUACUAUUGUUUCUUUGAUAGAAGACACUGAAUUUUGAAAGAUGUAACAGUAGAUCAGUUAUAUUUUAAUGAAUCAAGCGAUUGCAGCAACAAUUUGCUACAAGGGGA